AUUUUGAUGUAGAAACAGAACAGAAGUCUUCAAUUAGAAUGAACCAACAGUCUGGGGUGUCUUAUUUAAUUAAACUAUUGCUAUAUAAUUAGGAAUCUUUUCGAAUUAAAUUAAAGAUAUAAAGAAUAAUUCGAAAAUGUCGAACUUGUCUAGCCAGCCAUCAAAGAAGGCAAUGCGUGCACCGGGGUCUGGUGGUUCUUCCGGUAGUUCUCAUGGAAACCGGGGUCCCAGUGGCCAAACGGUGAAAUUUGCACGUAGAACUUCAAGCGGUAGGUAUGUUAGUCUCUCCAGAGAAGACCUGGAUAUGUCGGGAGAAAUUUCGGGUGAUUACAUGAAUUAUACUGUUCACAUUCCUCCUACGCCUGAUAAUCAGCCAAUGGACACUUCUGUGGCUACAAAAGCAGAAGAACAAUAUGUAUCCAAUUCUCUCUUCACCGGUGGAUUCAACAGCGUCACGCGUGCUCAUCUCAUGGAUAAGGUGAUUGAAUCAGAGGUGAGUCAUCCACAGAUGGCCGGUUCAAAGGGCUCGUCCUGUGCCAUGCCGGCUUGUGAUGGCAAGAUUAUGAAGGAUGAAAGGGGUAAAGACGUUAUUCCUUGUGAAUGUAGGUUUAAAAUCUGCAGAGAUUGCUACAUGGACGCCCAAAAAGAUACUGGUCUCUGUCCUGGAUGCAAGGAGCCAUAUAGAGUUGGUGAUUUUGAUGAUGAUGUACCAGAUUUUUCCGGUGGCGCUCUAUCACUUCCCGCCCCUGAGGAUUCAAAAGGAGACCGACGUAUGUCCAUGAUGAAGAGGAAUCAAAAUGGAGAAUUUGAUCAUAAUAAGUGGCUAUUUGAGACUCAGGGUACAUAUGGAUAUGGUAAUGCCUAUUGGCCUCAAGAUGACAUGUAUGGAGAUGACGCGGAUGGAGUGCAUAAAGGCAUGCCGGAUUCAUCAGAUAAACCGUGUAGGCCCCUCAGCCGAAUAGUACCUAUACCAAAUAGCAUCAUCAGCCCUUACAGGCUGCUUAUUGUUGUCCGACUAGUUGUACUUGCCUUUUUCUUGACAUGGAGGCUGAAACAUCCAAACGACGAAGCUAUAUGGCUGUGGUUGAUGUCAGUUGUAUGUGAAUUAUGGUUCGCCUUUUCUUGGGUUCUUGAUCAGGUUCCUAAGAUCAACCCAGUCAGUCGGGUUACAGAUUUAGAGAUUUUGCGCGAUAAAUUUGAUAUGCCAUCAUCUUCCAAUCCGAGUGGGGCCUCUGACCUCCCAGGAAUUGACUUUUUUGUGUCCACGGCGGAUCCUGAAAAAGAACCGCCACUGGUCACUGCCAACACUAUUCUGUCAAUCUUAGCCGUAGACUAUCCCGUAGAGAAACUUGCUUGUUACGUUUCUGAUGACGGUGCGGCGCUUCUCACUUUUGAGGCUAUGGCAGAGGCUGCGAGUUUUGCUGAUUUGUGGGUUCCUUUCUGUAGGAAACAUGAUAUAGAACCCAGAAAUCCUGAAACCUACUUCACUCUGAAAGGUGAUCCAACCAAGAACAAGAAAAGGCCUGAUUUUGUGAAAGAUAGGCGGAGAGUCAAGAGGGAAUAUGAUGAAUUUAAGGUAAGGAUAAAUGGAUUGCCAGAUUCGAUUAGGAGAAGAUCUGAUGCAUUCAAUGCCAGAGAGGAGAUGAAAAUACUAAAGCACAUGAGAGAGAGUGGGGAUGACCAUAUGGAGUCAAUCAAGGUUCAAAAGGCUACAUGGAUGGCCGAUGGUACCCACUGGCCCGGAACUUGGGGAGUGUCUACUAGGGAACACGCCAAAGGUGAUCAUGCCGGCAUUCUGCAGGAGUUUAGAGAUUGUGAGGGUGGACGAGCCUAUUGUGGCGACCUCCUCAGAAAUAGCUGGGGCCAUAAUGGGAGGGAAAACAUGUGGAAGCGACCGGAUAGCCCUCCGGAUACUUCUGUGCACUGGGGGGCAUCGGACUACCCAUCAAAGUUGAGGGAGGCCGACCUUGGUAGACUUAGGACAGAAUAUAGGAUCCCGAACAGUGUGGACCUGAUUCUCCCAGGGCCAGAAGAGAGAGCUUGUUACCUAAGGCCGGGCUGCGUGGCCAUUAGCGAGGCGAUCCUUAGGGCCGGACUUAGGCUGCCUAUUCACCCGUUCUUUAGAGGCGUCGUUAGGAGUGGAGAUGCCCCUUUCCGUUUUCCAAACUCUUUACAUACCCAAGGAAUGGAAGAGCUCUUGGUGCUGGGUAGCGGGGCGAUGGGACACAAUGGAGGGGGACCCCCUGGCGCCUCUUACAGUCCCGGCGAAGUUUUCAACACUUAG